UCUGAGGUGUACAUCAGAUGCUGUGAUGAGCAGAGCUCAUGUGAUGAACACACACACUGAUUCACACACAUCAUGUGCUGUGAGACAUCUGUGUGUGUGUGUGUGUGUGUGUGUGUGAAUCAGCCGCUGCUUCUCACAGAGCUUUCAGCAGGGACAGAUUUGCCUUCAGAAGUGAGCUAAACCUGACAAAACCACCCAAAAACUUAUUUUGGGUUAGGGUUCACGUGGGUCGAAGUUCACUUAGAGACAUCUAAAGAAAUGGGUGAGGAAAGACUUACAGCAGAACAAACAGAAACAUGUCAGAAAACAGCAUCCAAACCAUCGGAAUACUGUGGUAAACUGCUCCGCUACAAACCACAUGGCUUCUCUGCUUCCGUCAUUACUAAAGCUCUGUUGGGGCUGCUGGUGUUCGGGGUGGUCUGGGCCGUGACGGGACCUGCGUGUCUUCCGGGACAGAACCUCUUCGGCCUGGUGAUUCUGUUCCUGUCGGCCGUGUGUGGAGGAAAACUCAUCAGUGUCUUCAGAUUACCCAGAAGCCCUCCAGUACCAGCUCUACUGGGGAUGCUGCUGGCCGGUGUGGUGUUGCGUAAUGUGCCGUACGUCACAGACGCGGUGUAUAUUGAUCAGAACUGGUCUGCAGCUUUGAGGAACGUUUCUCUUGCCGUGAUUCUCACCAGAGCUGGUCUGGGACUCAACGCUGCUGCCCUGCGGCGUCUGAAGGCGGUGUGUGUGAGGGUUGCUGUCGGCCCGUGUCUUACAGAGGCGUGUACGGUGGCUGUAGUGGCUCAUUUUCUGCUGGGAUUGCCCUGGAUAUGGAGCUUCAUGCUCGGUUUUGUUCUGGCCGCUGUGUCUCCGGCUGUGGUGGUUCCGUCCAUGUUGCUCCUGCAGACGGAAGGAUUCGGGGUUCAGAAAGGAGUUCCCACACUUCUGAUGGCUGCUGGGAGCUUCGACGACAUCCUCGCCAUCACUGGAUUCACCACAUGCCUGGGCAUCGCCUUCGGGACCGGGUCGACGUGGAUGAAUGUAGGUAAAGGAGUUCUGGAGGUGCUGGCAGGAGUUCUAGCAGGAGGAGUCAUGGGACUUCUGCUCCAUUUCCUACCCAGCGAGGAUCAGUCAGAUGUGUUGCUGCGGCGCUGCGCUCUGCUGCUGGCUCUGUCUGUGUUCAGUGUUUUCGGGAGUCUGGCCGCAGGUCUGGGCGGCGCUGGUGGGCUCUGUACACUCGUCCUGGCCUUCAUCGCUGGACUCAGCUGGGCAGAACAAAAGGCUCCAGUGGCGGCGGUGGUGGGCCGGAUCUGGGACAUCUUUCAGCCGCUCUUGUUUGGUCUGAUUGGAGCAGAAAUCAACAUCUCGUCUCUCAGCGUUUAUACUGUCGGUCUGGGGGUCUCCACUCUGUGUGUGGGGUUGCUGGUCCGUGUUGUGGUGACGUUCUGUGUGGUUCUGUUUGCUGGUUUUAAUAUGAAGGAGAAGAUCUUUAUAUCUCUGGCUUGGAUGCCCAAAGCCACCGUACAAGCGGCUAUCGGCUCCUCGGCGCUGGACAUGGCUCGCAGUGCUGGAGACGAGCAGCUUCAGGUUUAUGGCUUGGAUCUUCUGACUGUAGCAGUUCUAGCGAUUCUCAUCACGGCUCCGAUUGGAGCGCUCUCCAUCGGCCUCAGCGGACCCAAACUACUGCAGCAGGACACACACACACGGGCAGACGGUGAGUGUGACAGCAGUCGUGUGGACGGGCUGGAGUCCAAACUGUGAUCUGGAGCUGACCACAAGCCUCUCCUCUGACUCCUGCUGCUUCUUAAACACAAUCCAUUAAUCAGUCAAAUAUGAAAAUAGAAGUCAUUAUACUCAUGCUGUAAUGAUGGCUUUAAUAAACAUUUACACAGUGUGGAUGAAUCACAUGAGUUUCUGUGAUACGAGUCACUUCGAGC